AUGCUAGUUCAACCAUUAUUGGAGAAUUUGUCAGUCUGGGGGACGGUGCAAGGGCUUUUGUUUCUCCUAGGGGGUUUGACAGUAGCAUAUAUCACGUACAAUCGAUUUUUCCACCCUCUACGCUCUAUUCCCGGACCUUUCCUCGCUUCCAUAACCCCCUGGGUACAACUAUACCACGGCCUGAAAGGCGACCGACACCUAUGGCUUCACCAUCUACAUGAGAAAUACGGAUCCCAUGUCCGGGCGGCGCCCAACUUCGUCUCGAUCAACACGGACCGCGGCCUGCACGACAUUUACGGCCAUGGCAAGCGGCUCCGCAAGGCCAAUUUCUACAAUGCCUUCCCCGCCAUCAAGGGCGUGUACAACACGCACAACGCAAUCGACAAGGCGAUGCACGGGCGCAAGAGGCGCGUGCUCAGCCAGGCUUUCUCGGACCAGGCGCUGAAGAGCAUGGAGGAUGUGAUGCUGCUGCAUGUGCGGCAGCUUUGUGAAAUUCUGGGUGGUGGGCUCGAAGGAAAGAGUGAGAAGAGCGCGACGGCCGUUUUCAAUAUCGGAGAUUGGUUUAGCUAUCUGACGUACGAUGUGAUGGGGGAGCUGUGCUUUGGAAAGAGCUUUGACAUGCUGGUUUCGAGCGGACGGCGGAAAAUGAUCGACCUUGUGGAUCGCGCUGCCAAUCGGCACUAUGUGGUAUGGCCCUUGUUUUCUCUCCUAGUAUUGACAGACACUGACGAAGUCAAGUGCGGAUUGUGGAUGCCCCUCGACACCUGGCACCUAGACCAGAUUCUCAUCCACAAGUUGACCAACGACCGAUGGAACUUCAUCAUGAAAUCCCGACUCGAAGCCAACGAGCGGGCCAAGGAACGGACGCAGGCCGGCCACGAAGCCAAAAAGGACUUCUUCUACUACCUGCUCAACGCCAAGGAUCCCGAAACCGGCAAGGGACUGACGACGCCCGAGCUCUGGGGCGAGGCGAACGUCCUGAUGAUCGCCGGCAGCGACACGACAUCCACCACCAUGUCCGCGACGAUCUUCUACCUGGUCCGCACCCCGCGCGCCAUGGAGCGGCUCCGCAAGGAGAUCCGCGAGAACUUCUCCUCCGUUGAGGAGAUCGUCACUGGGCCCAAGCUCAACGAGCUUGUCUACCUGAAGGCAUGCCUCGACGAGGCGAUGCGUCUGGCGCCAGCUGUUCCUGGCGCGCCCCCGCGCGAAGUCAUGGAGGGCGGCGCCAUGGUCGAUGGAGUCUUUCUUCCUGAGGGUACGGACUGCGGGACCCCGACGUACUCGAUCCACCGGCAACCGGAGUACUACCGCGAGCCCGAGACCUAUGUCCCCGAGAGAUGGAUCGAGGGCGCGACAUGCCAGGCUGGUAACGAGUCAUGGACGACCAGCAAGGAGGCCGUUGAGCUGGCGCGCAGGGCCUUCUGCCCCUUUAGCAUUGGGCCGCGUGGGUGUAUCGGGAAGAGCAUGGCGUUCAUGGAGAUGCGGAUGACCAUUGCGCGGUUGAUGUUCCUGUUUGAUUUUGAACUGGCCGAUCACAAAGGUGAGGACGAGAAGGGGCAGCUCGCGCUGGUGGAUCACUUCACUAGCGCCAAGUACGGGCCGAAUGUCAUUGUCCGGAAAAGGGUCUGA